GUUCCUUUCCGACUGGCUGAAACCGAUUAAAAGUUGCUCUUUCCUUUGCCCCCGUGAGAGACACCCAAGCCCACCACAGGGAGAGAUAACUUUUCCGGAUGAAUAAUUUUAGCUUCACACUCUAAAUGUUUUCUUCUUGCCUCGGGAUUUCCAUUAUUGUGAAAUAAAUUGCAAAGCGCUGCGAAGAGAGAGCGGGCGACCAUGGAGCUCUGUCUGCUGUGCAUACUGAUGGAAUGCUACAUCCUGACAAAAGGACAUGAGGUCUUCCGCAUUUCUGGGGAAGAAGUCCUAAUUCCCUGUGAAGCUACAAAUCCUCAAACACGUUGGUUCUGGUUCCCUCUGCAUUCUAGAUGUGUCAACAUCACUGGAAAGAGUGUGGAAGUGAUUCAAAACCAUACCACACAUGAGGUGACUCCUCUUCAGUUCAACAAGCGAUUGACUCAAGCUCCAGGGUCAUUAUUCCUCAUGAAUCUGGGUUUGAGCGAUGCAGGAACCUAUGUGUGCCGCCUUCCCAAUGGCUCAGAGACCCGCACCACCCUUUGGAUGACUUCAGGGUGCCACAACAAUCUCCUUGUCUCCUCCAAGCAGCUGGGUCCGUCCUCUAUGCAACUCAGCUGCCGUCACUGCUAUUCACCAGAUACAGGAAACUCUUUUCAAUGGAUAUUGAAUUCGAAGCGACUCGGUAACCGCCAAUGGGCUAAGAAGAGCAAUUUGGGAGCUACUAUAAUAAUAGAUCCAAUCCAAAAAGCGGCUUUGGGACGCUGGGAGUGUCAGUCCCGUGCCAAUCCCUUUUGGAUCUCAGAGAUUUGCUUGAGCCCAUCCAAAGAAGAGCAAGGUAGGAUCCCUGGAGUGUAGGA